AUGGAGCAAGAAAAAUAUUUACCCGAGCUGAUGGCUGAGAAGGAUAGCUUAGAUCCGUCCUUUGUUCAUGCAAUGCGCCUUUUGGCGGAAGAAAUUGAAAAGUUCCAGAGUUCUGAUGAGAAAAAGGAGGAUGAAGAGAAGAAAUAUCUUGAUGUCAUCAGCAAUAAAAAUAUAAAGCUGUCAGAAAGAGUAUUGAUUCCUGUCAAACAAUAUCCAAAGUUUAAUUUUGUGGGCAAACUCCUUGGUCCAAGAGGAAAUUCCUUAAAAAGAUUACAAGAGGAAACAGGUGCAAAAAUGUCUAUCCUUGGUAAAGGUUCGAUGAGAGACAAAGCCAAGGAAGAAGAACUAAGAAAAAGUGAGGAAGCCAAAUAUGCACACUUGAGUGAUGAACUACAUGUAUUAAUUGAAGUGUUUGCCCCUCCUGGAGAAGCUUAUUCACGGAUGAGUCAUGCCCUGGAAGAAAUUAAAAAAUUUCUUGUUCCGGACUAUAAUGAUGAAAUCCGCCAAGAGCAAUUGAGAGAAUUGUCGUAUUUAAAUGGUUCAGAGGACUCACCUCGUGGGCGAAGUAUUCGAGGAAGAGGAAUUCGAGUUCCUCCUGCAGCUCCUUCAAGGGGGCGUGGGAGCGCCAUCCCUCCACCACCACCCGGACGAGGAGCUCCAGUAGCAAGAGGAACACCAGUGUCCCGUGGAGUACUUCCAGUCCCACCCACCACCAGAGGGGUCCCCACCCCUCGAGCCAGAGGAGUUCCAGCAGUACCGGGUUACAGGCCCCCCCCUCUACCAGCACAUGAAUCUUACGAUGAAUACGGAUACGAUGAUAGAUAUGGGGGUGAAUAUGAUGAGCCAAGUUAUGAAGCCUAUGAUAACAGCUAUACUACACAAACACAGAAUCUGCCUGAAUAUUAUGACUAUGGUCAUGGAACAAGUGAAGAUGCCUAUGACAGCUAUGCUCAAGAAGAAUGGACCAUAAGUCGUCCCAGCCUAAAAGCUCCAACUCCCAGGUCAACCAGGGGGAGUUACAGGGAACAUCCCUAUGGUAGAUAUUGA